UGUAGCUGAGUGGUCGGGGUUGGUCAGUAUUGACAGGGGGGCAGCAUGAGACACUUCUCUGCGCGGAUCAUGCAAGCAUGGGGAUAUUUGGAGGAAAAAUCAGUUUGACAGAUCACUCACAGAGAAGAGACAUGUGGAGAACCCUAACACUCUCAUUGACCGUUGCCCUGGUGCUGGGCACAGAGGUUUCCCAGUCUGAGGAUGUGGGGUCCAUGGUGGCUGUCGAAAAGGCAGUACAUGGGGAGCAGGAGAACUUCAGCGACAUAUCCGCCGUACUAGGAAAGUCCCGACACCAGAUUCUGGCUGCUCAGUUUGAGUGCUACUUGAAGAUAAUCCACGAUCCGCCACAUACAGAAGAAGGUACUUACUGUAACCGUACGUGGGAUGGCUGGCUGUGCUGGGGGGAUUCAGCUCCAGGGACAGUCAUGCAGAUGUGUCCUGAAUACUUUCACGACUUUGACCCUGCUGAGAAGGUUACCAAAGUGUGUAAUCCUGAUGGCCAGUGGUUCCAUCAUCCAGAGAGCAAUCGGGUCUGGACUAACUACACCCAGUGUCAGGCCUACACCAAAGACAAACUCAAGUUUGCCAUCAGUCUCUACUACCUGGCCAUGGUGGGUCAUGGUCUGUCUGUUGUUUCCCUGAUUAUCUGUCUGAUCAUCUUCUCCUACUUCAAGAGUCUUAGCUGCCAGAGAAUCUCCCUCCACAAGAACAUGUUUCUGUCCUUCAUCUUGAACUCCAUUGUUACUAUAAUGUGGCUCUCACUCAAUGUGGCCAAUACCCAAGCCAUAGGUGCCAGCAACCCUGUGAGCUGUAAGAUCCUGGCUGUGCUGACUCAGUAUACAUCUACUUCCAAUUACUUCUGGAUGCUGUGUGAAGGCAUCUACCUCCACACGCUCAUCAUAGUGGCCGUGUUUGUCGGGGAACAGCAGCUCUUCUGGUACUACGUCCUGGGAUGGGGUUUUCCCAUCAUUCCUGCCCUGACGUACGCUGUGGCUCGCGGGCUCUUCUUUAACGACAAGUGUUGGAUCAGCUCACACACUCACCUGCUCUACAUCAUCCAUGGGCCCAUUCAAGCUGCACUCUUGGUGAACUUCUUCUUUCUCCUGAACAUCGUCCGAGUUCUGAUCACCAAGCUGAAGGAGACCCACUGCGCUGAGUCCACGGCCUACAUGAAGGCAGUGAGAGCCACCCUCAUCCUCAUCCCUCUGCUGGGAGUCCAGUUCAUCCUUUUCCCCUGGCGGCCAGAGGGACGCAUCAGCCGCGCCAUCUAUGAUUUCUUCGUAAAUAUCUUCUGCCACUUCCAGGGACUCCUGGUGGCAAUUAUAUUCUGUUUCUGCAAUGCUGAGGCCCAGGCAGCACUGCAGAGGAAGUGGGAGCAGCAGAAGUUUGCCUGGGGCAAAACUGGCUGGGGAGAAACACCCAUCACCAGCAACCACUUUAACUACCACACCAACUCCUCCAUCACCGAAACCAGCCGUGCCACCAUCAGCUUGGAGCAGCCUGCUGCUGCGCCCUCUGAGCAGAAGGAAAAGAGCCACUUCCUGUCCAAGGUGCAGCAGAAAGCCAACGGGCAGAAAAGGAACAACAAUACUUGCAGCAAUGGGGAGGUGGACAUGCUCAACAAGCUGGAGACCACUGACAUCUAACUGGAUGAAGCACGGAGGUGACACGGAAAGACUGAGGCUGCAGGAAACAGAGAGGUUACAGGUAAAUGUUCACAAUAAAGGUUAACUGAUGGGGCAGUGUUUUGUACUGUAUGUAUUUCAGUCAUUUUUUGUCUUCUAGAGAAAGGUGUAAAUCCCAAACGUGCCACCUUGAUAUCACAGAGGCAGAGCUGUAUGUUUGUGUAACCUGUCGCCUUAUGAAGCCUCUGAAUGCUUUCCCGUACCCCACUGUGACCAAUGAAUGUCAUAGCCCACUGAUGUGAUCAAAGAAAUUCUUUUACAUGCUUUUAUCAAAGAAAGAUAAUCCUCACUGUCCCAUGGAAAGCCAGGAUCCCCAUUUCAGCUGUUUUUCAGAGAAUUAAAACUACAGCACACUGAGAAUCAGUGUUGCAACUAAAGCAACGCAGUAAUAGUUCACAUUUUGAUUCAGAUUUCCUGUUGAUAUUCAACAGAAAUAAGAUUUACUCUCAGUCAGAGGAAGUGUGCGGUUGCCAACGUGCUUAAAGUUUUGAACAUACACUACUGUAUUUGUAGAACAGUACGGACUAAAUAGAGGAGUAAAGACCUGAAUCUGACGUUUUUACAUUUGUUUUACCAUAUAAUAAUGUAUAAGACUACAUAGAAAUGUAUCAUUUCUGCUGAAACAGGGUGUAACAGAAAACCAAGAUAAUAACUGAACUGUAAUAACUGAACAGCACAGUAGCUAAAGCAAAGGAGCUGCUGUAUAUCAAGGUCAAGGCUGGUUGGUAAAAUACCCACAGCUUGCCUUGGAUAAUGCUGAAAUGUAUUUAUUGAUUUUUAUCAGCUCUGUAAUUGAAAAAUAUCUUUCCUCAUCUGACUAUAUAUAUAUAUAUAUAUAUAUAUAUAUAUAUAUAAUGUUGUAUGUAAUGUACAGAUAGGUGACAAUUUAAAGGAAAAACCUGAAUAAAUGAGUGGAGAAACAGGAUGAUAAUGCCCCCAUCCAUAGGGCAUGAAGGGUUUGACGAGUAUGAAAAGGAAGUGAAUCAUAUGCUGUGGCCCUCACAGUCACCAAAUAUCAACCCAGUUGAACACCUCUGGGAGAUUUUGGACCAAAGUGUUAGACAGCGCCCUCCACCACCAUCAUCAAAACACCAAAUGAGGGAAUAACUUUUGGAAGA